AUGAGAUUCCACACGCAGAAUGUACAGAUGGCACUGGACUUCCUCAAACACCGACAGGUCAAGCUGGUGAACAUCAGAAACGAUGACAUCGCGGAUGGCAACCCCAAGCUGACCCUUGGGCUGAUAUGGACCAUCAUCCUUCACUUCCAGAUCUCGGACAUCCAGGUGAAUGGCCAGUCAGACGACAUGUCGGCCAAGGAGAAGCUGCUGCUGUGGUCCCAGCGCAUGGUGGACGGCUACCAGGGCAUCCGUUGUGACAACUUCACCACCAGCUGGAGGGACGGCAAGCUCUUCAACGCCGUCAUCCACAAACACCAGCCUAGACUCAUUGACAUGAGUAAGGUGUACCGCCAGACCAACGCGCAGAACCUGGAGUACGCCUUCAACGUGGCCGAGAAGGACCUGGGCGUGACGCGUCUGUUGGAUCCGGAGGAUGUUGACGUGCCACAUCCUGAUGAGAAGUCCAUCAUCACCUACGUGUCGUCCCUGUAUGAUGCCAUGCCCCGGGACGUCCAUGAUGGAAUCCAGGCUAACGAGCUGGAGCUGCGCUGGACCGAGUACUAUGAGCUGGUCACUAUCAUUCGGCAGUGGAUAAGCCACCAUGUCGUUAUCUUCGGGGAGAGGAGGUUCCCAGGCAGCUAUGAGGAGAUAGAGAUCCUGUGGCGUCAGUUCUUGAAGUUCAAAGAGACAGAACUGCCUGCAAAGGAGGCCGACAAGCACCGUUCCAAACUCAUCUACCAGUCCUUUGAGAGUGCAGUGCAUGCUGGUCAGGUCAAGGUUCCUCCYGGCUACCAUCCAAUUGAUGUGGAGAAGGAAUGGGGCCGUCUGCACGUGGCCAUCCUUGAGAGAGAACGACUGCUCAGGAUAGAGUUUGAGAGGCUAGAGAGACUCCAGAGGAUCGUCAGUAAAGUCCAGAUGGAGUCAGGUGUGUGUGAGGAGCAGCUCAACCAGCUGGACACCCUGCUGCAGACGGACAUCCGUCUCCUGAAUGCAGGGAAGCCGGCUCAGCACACUGCCGAGGUGGGGCGGGACCUGGACAAGGCAGACGGCAUGAUCCGCCUGCUCUUCAACGACGUGCAGCUGCUCAAAGAUGGGCGCCACCUGCAGGCCGAGCAGAUGUACCGCAGGGUAUACCGCCUCCACGAGCGCCUUGUGAACCUGCGCACCGAUUACAACCUGCGUCUCAAGUCGCAGGUGACGACCACCCAGAUGAUCCAGACCCAGACRAUCCAGCAGUCGUCCUCCAGGGUGCGUCCUGAGCUGGACGAGGUGACCCUGCGCUACGCCCAGGACCUGCUGACCUGGGUGGAGGAGAGUCAGAGGCGGAUUGACGAGGCCGAGUGGGGCUCGGACCUGCCCACCGRGGAGUCUCAGCUGGGCAGCCACCGGGGCCUGCACCAGACCGUGGAGGACUUCCGCMCCAAGAUCGAACGGGCCAAGGCUGACGAGAGCCAGCUAUCCCCAGUCAGUAAGGGGACGUACAGUCAAUACCUGGGCAAACUGGACCUUCAGUAUGCCAAGCUGCUGAACUCCUCCAAGUCUCGUCUGCGUAACCUGGACUCGCUCUAUGUGUUUGUCAGCGCGGCAACCAAGGAGCUGAUGUGGCUCAACGACAAYGAGGAGGAGGAGGUCAACUACGACUGGAGCGACCGCAACACCAACAUGACUGCCAAGAAAGACAARUACUCGGGUCUGAUGCGUGAGCUGGAGCUGAGAGAGAAAAAGGUCAACGACAUCCAGGCCACAGGAGACAAGAUGCUGAAGGAGGGCCACCCUGGCAAGAAAACAGUGGAGGCCUUCACAGCAGCCCUGCAGACUCAGUGGAGCUGGAUCCUCCAGCUGUGUUGUUGCAUCGAGGCUCACCUCAAAGAGAACACAGCUUACUACCAGUUCUUUUCGGACGUGAAAGAAGCUGAGGAGAGGAUGAAGAAGAUGCAGGAGACGAUGAAGAAGAAGUACAGCUGCGAUCGCGCCACUACGGCCACGCGACUAGAGGACCUGCUGCAGGAUGCGAUGGAGGAGAAGGAACAGCUGAACGAGUUUAAGACUCACGUGGCCGGCCUGAACAAGAGGGCCAAGACCGUAAUCCAGCUGAAACCCCGUAACCCCACCAAGUCCAUCAAGGGCAAACUGCCCAUCCAGGCCGUGUGUGACUUCAAACAGAUGGAGAUCACCGUCCACAAGGUAGAGGAGUGUGCUCUCAUCAACAACUCCCCACAGCCCAACAAGUGGAAGGUCCUGAACCGCUCAGGCAUUGAGGCGGUGGUGCCUUCAGUCUGCUUCCUGGUUCCACCUGUCAACAAGGAGGCUAUGGACAGUGUGUCCAGUCUGGACUCUGGUCACCAGUCGAUGCUGGUCCUGUGGCAGAGAAUGCAUGUGGACAUGAAGAGCAUGCUUUCCUGGCAGUACCUGACGAGAGACYUCACACAGAUACGUACCUGGAACAUCACCAUGUUUAAGACCAUGAAGGUGGAGGAGUACAGGCUGAUUAUGAGGAACCUGGAGCUUCACUAUCAGGACUUCAUGCGUGACAGUCAGGAUUCCCAGCUGUUUGGCCCACACGACCGUAUGCAGAUCGAGGGCGACUACUCGAAGACCACACAGUACUACGACAACCUUCUGCGCUCUGUGGAGAAAGGUGAGCAGGACGAGUCYAUGUGUGUGACCUACAUCACCCAGAUCAAGGACCUGCGUCUACGGAUAGAGGACUGCGAGGCUCGUACCGUGGCCCGCAUCCGCAAGCCCGUGGACAAGGACCCCAUCCAAGACUCUGCCCAGAAGACCACCGACCAGAAGAAAGUCCAAGUGGAGCUUGAGGGCAUCAAGAGGAACCUGGACCAGGUGGCCGUGAAGACCGAGGAGGUCCUGAGUACCACUCCUCAGCAGUCCAGCACUGCGCCUGUCCUGCGCUCUGAACUGGAGUUCACCCUGAAGAAGAUGGACCAUGCCUACAUCCUCUCCUCUGUCUAUCUAGAGAAGCUGAAGACGGUGGACGUGGUCAUCCGCAACACGCAGGGGGCCGAGGGCGUUCUGAAGAAGUACGAGCAGCGACUGCGCGAGGUCCAAACGGUUCCCAAUGACGUCAAGGAGGUGGAGGUGUACCGCACCCAGCUCAAGAAAAUGCGCGCUGAAGCGGAGGGUGAAAAGCCUGCAUUCGAUUCUCUGGAGGGCGAGCUCGGAAAGGCGGCAGCCGUGAGCGAGAAGAUGUCUCGUGUGCACAGUGAGCGUGACGCUGAGUUGGACCACUACCGUCAUCUCCUGUCCGGUCUCCAGGACCGCUGGCAAGCUGUGUUCUCCCAGAUGGACCUGCGUCAGCGGGAGCUYGAGCAGCUCGGUCGCCAGCUGGGUUACUACAGAGAGAGCUACGACUGGCUCAUCCAGUGGAUCGGUGACGCCAAGCAGAGGCAGGAGAAGAUCCAGGCCGUGUCCAUCAGCGACAGCAAGACUCUGAAGGAGCAACUGGCCCAGGAGAAGAAACUUCUGGAAGAGAUCGAGCAAAACAAAGAGAAAGUUGACGAGUGUCAGAAAUAUGCGAAGGCGUAUAUCGACACUAUCAAGGAUUAUGAACUCCAGUUGGUGGCCUACAAAGCACAGGUGGACCCUCUCUCGCCGCUGAAGAAAACCAAAAUGGAUUCUGCCUCCGAUAACAUCAUUCAAGAGUAUGUGACGCUACGAACCCGCUACAGCGAGCUGAUGACUCUGACCAGUCAGUACAUCAAGUUCAUCACGGAGACACAGCGCCGCCUAGAGGGCGAGGAGAAAGCUGCUGAGAAAAUGAAAGCGGAAGACAGGAAAAAAAUGCCAUUCAGGAAGCAUGUAAACUGAAAGCAGAGGCUGAGAUGCUCCAAAGACAGAAGGACCUGGCUCAAGAGCAGGCCCAGAAGCUGCUUGAGGAUAAACAACUGAUGCAGCAGCGUCURGAGGAAGAGACUGAGGGCUUCCAGAAAUCCUUGGAAGCUGAGCGCAGGAGACAGCUGGAGAUCACAGCRGAAGCUGAAAACCUCAAAGUCAAAGUGUCCCAACUUAGUGAUGCUCAGUCCAAAGCAGAGAAUGAGGCCAAGAAAUUCAAGAAGCAAGCAGAUGAGAUCAGUGCCCGUCUUCAUCAGACAGAGCUAGCAACUAAAGAGAAAUUGACUGUUGUAGAGAAACUUGAAGUGCAGCGACUGAGCAGCAACAAAGAGGCUGAUGAGUUACGCAAAGCCAUCGCUGAUCUAGAAAAGGAGAAGGWCAAACUGAAAAAGGAGGCUGAAGACCUACAGAAUAACUCUAAAGAGAUGGUCAAUGCUCAGCAGAAACAAAUCCAACACGAGAAGACAGUACUCCAGCAGACAUUCGUCACAGAGAAGGCGGKGCUGUUGAAGAAGGAGAAACAAAUUGAAGAGGAGAAGAAGAAGCUGGAGAACCAGUUUGAGGAAGAGGUCAAGAAGGCCAAGGCCCUCAAAGAAGAACAGGAACGCCAGAGGAAACAAAUGGAGGAGGAGAYAAAUAAACUUCAGGCUACCAUGGAUGCUGCCCUCAACAAACAAAAAGAGGCUGAGAAAGAAAUGCUCAACAAGCAAAAAGAGAUGCAGGAGCUUGAAAGGAAACGACUUGAACAGGAAAAGCUGCUUGGCGAGGAGAACAAGAAACUUCGUGAGAAACUGCAGCUGCUCGAGGUCGCCCAUAAAGAGCCAAUCUCCCACACCAGAGAAAURGAUAUCCAGACUGACAAUGUGCCCGAGGAUGAACUGAUCCAUAUGACCAUGGUGGAGACAUCAAAGCAGGUUAUCAAUGGCCAAAGUGUUGGGGAUGAGGUUGACAGUAAGAAGGAUACAUUGUCUUUUGAUGGCAUCCGCGAGAAAGUCCCUGCAAGCAGACUUUAUGAAGUUGGCCUUUUGACGAAAAAGGAGUUUGAUAAYCUGAAGAAUGGCAAAGCUACUGUGCAAGACCUCAGCCAGACGGAUAAGUUAAGAACAAUUCUGCAGGGCAAGAACUGUAUAGGGGGUGUCUUGACACAGUCUAAUCAGAAAAUGGCAAUAUAUCAAGCUAUGAAAGAAAAMAAAAUUACUCCUGGUUGGGCUUUGAUCCUCCUAGAGGCACAGGCAGCAUCUGGCUAUGUAGUAGACCCAGUUYAAAACAAGAAACUCUCUGUCAGUGAGGCUGUGAAGGAAGGCCUGAUCGGACCUGAGCUGCACAACAAAAUGCUGUCUGCUGAGAGAGCUGUCAUUGGUUACAAAGACCCUUACACCGGUAACAAGAUCUCACUCUUUGAAGCUAUGAAGAAGGGCUUGAUUGACAGAGACCAUGCCAUUAGGCAACUUGAGGCUCAGAUAGCUACUGGUGGACUCAUUGACCCCAUAAACAGCCACCGUGUGCCCAUCGAGACUGCAUACAAACAGGGGCAGUUUGARGCUGAGAUGAACAAGAUACUGGAGGACCCUUCGGARGACACCAAGGGAUUCUUUGAUCCUAACACCCAGGAGAACUUAACAUACCAUCAGCUAAUGCAGAGAUGCAGCACAGAUCCGGAGACAGGACUGCUGCUCCUGCCCAUCACUGACAAGGCUGCUCUGAGCACGUCAACCUACACAGAGGAGGAGACCAAGGAUGUGUUCAGCAAGACGACCGUCUCUGUGCCAUUCGGAAAAUUCAAAGGAAAGACUGUAACUAUCUGGGAAAUCAUCAAUUCUGAGUACUUUACCGAGGACCAGAGAAAGGAUCUUAUUCGUCAGUACAAGACAGGAAAGAUCACKGUGGAAAAAAUCAUCAAGAUUGUUAUCACCAUGGCAGAGGAAAAGGAAAAAAAGAAUGAAAUCGCUUUUGAGGGUCUGAGGAGACCUGUCCUUGCUACUGAACUACUGGAGUCCAAGAUAAUCGACAAAGACCUCUACAACAAGCUGCACACGGGAAAUAAAACAAUCAAAGAGGUGUCUGAAAUGGAGCCUGUUCACAAAUCCUUGAAGGGUACAAACUGCAUUGCGGGUGUAGUUAUUGACUCAACUAAGGAGACUAUGUCGUUCUAUCAAGCCAUGAAGAAGGAUAUGAUGAGGGUAGGGCCUGCUUUAACUCUGCUGGAAGCACAAGCAGGGACAGGGUUUGUUGUUGAUCCUAUAAAGAAUCAGAAGUUCACUGUCGAUGAAGCUGUGAAAGCAACUGUCAUUGGUCCUGAGCUGCAUGAAAAACUACUGUCAGCUGAAAGAGGUGUUACAGGCUACAAAGAUCCUUACACGGGAAAGACUGUGUCUUUGUUCGAAGCAAUGAAGAAAGAACUCAUUCCAAAAGAUCAGGGCAUCAGACUC